UCUCGAUCUGGACUGAGGCGGAUGAGACCAGAAACCUUUGUUCUCCUCCUUCUUCCUCACAAACACGAUCAAUGCUGCCACACGAGCCGCGACCUGCGUUUUCCCAACGGCGCCAAUUAGCAGAAGCUCACUAAUAAGCGCCAUUUUUUUCCAUAAGCAUAUUUAUAUCUUUGUGAUCGGGAUCGCUGCAGCCGGAGGUCCGCUCGGGUUUUUUCCUCCCCCGUCAGCUGCUCGAUGGAAACAAAACGAGGAACUGAAAGUGGAAUCAGUCGAGGUGAUGAUCUCCCGUUCCGUUACCUCCGCCUCUUGGCUCCUCCCUUGCAGCUUCUGUCGGCUGCAGUGUGGCAGGUCGUGCAGCAGGGACUCGUGGAUCACUACGGGAUGCUGGAGGAGUUUGUUACCAUGGUGACGGAGCUGGUCCCCGAGCUGAUGAGCUACAGUCAGAGGGCUCAGCUCGUCCUGGGACUCAGGGCCAGGCUGGUUCUGGAGAUGUGUCGAGGCGAGCACCCGGCGGACAUGCAGACCAUCCAGCCUCACCUGGACAGAAUCAAAGCUCCUGUCAGCACGGCCAAGGAUCACCAUGUGACCAUCAACCAGGUGGAAGAGUCUGAGGUGAACUUUGUGGAGUUGGUGCACUCGUUACUGGAGGACCCGUCUGAAAGAAAAUAUUUUUUCGAGGAAAUCUUCCCCGUGUAUUUUGGGCCAAAGUACGACGCAGCACUGGAGAUGCUGGUGUGGGAAUUUAUAUCGAGACUGGACGAGCUGCUGCCAGUUCCAGAUUUCACACAGUUGGCAGCUCUGCUCGGAGACGCUCCGUCAUUCCUCGACGAAUGUUUACAAUCCUUCUUCCCCCCUGAGGACAUGAAGGCUGUGCUGGAACACCACAGAAACCUCGGCCACUUUGAGGAGAAAGAUCCUCGAUUGUUACCGAUGGACGACUGCAUCCUCUCCUCCCUGUCGCUACCUCCUGGGGCCAAACCUGCCACCAACGCCACCUCCUCCUCGCCUCCUCUCAAAGACUCGGCCUCUCCACAGCACAAAGGGCGUCUGGAAUCUCCCAUCGGCGGCAGCAGCCUGGAGCUGGCGUGCAGGAGGAGCUCUGACACAAUCAGACAAAGCCUCAUGGAGACAAAGGACUCCGGCAGUUGGCAGCAGCAGGUUCGAGGCGGCGGCAGCUCUCAGGAGAGGAAGGUGCAGAACUCAAUUAGCGCGCGGCCAUGUGACGAAACCAUAGACCUCACCGCACCUAACGAGAGCGGCGACGCAGACUCGGCGGCCAAUGGGGACGGCCAAAGCUUGAGAGGAGGGAGGGUUCUCAGGAAGAGGAAGCUGAGCGGUGGUGUGGACAUUCCCGCAAAGCUGCCUGUGGACUUCCCGGCUUUUUUUGAUUCCUCGUUGGAUGAUGAGAAUUCAGGUGAAUCUCCUCUCAUCUCGAUAUUGGGAGAAUACACAGACUCUCAGGAAGGUUCUUUCCCGGUCGUAAUGGACACAAAGGUUCCCUGGUCGGACGAGGAGACGCUGCACCUGCUCGACAUCUGGGGGAAGGACUCGGUGCAGCGGGCACUGAAGGGCUGCUUCAAAAACCGCCAUAUAUUCACGCAGAUCGCACACAAGAUGGCGGAGAGGGGCUACAUGAGAACGGUGGAACAGUGCCAGACGAGGAUCAAACGACUGAAGAAAUGUUUCCGUCAGAACAAAGGAAACUCAAAGCUGGAACAUAAAUUUUACGAGCGGCUGGAGUGCAUCCUCCGCUCCUCCAUUCCUUCAGCUCUUCCUGAAGUCACCUACGACGUGGAGGAGGUCCCUGAUGAGGACGACGCCGACGACGACCUGCAGUUUCUAGGGCACACGAGCCGUCAGGAAAUAGGUACUCGAAGCGUCCCGUGGACAGACAUGGAGUCGUUGACCCUCAUACACACGUGGGGUGAUGACCAGAUGCAGCAGGAGCUGAGGGGGAUGCACAGGACCGGACACAUAUUUUCCAUCAUCUCCAACAAGAUGGCGACUCAGGGCUUCUCCCGGACGCCGGAGCAGUGCCAGACGAGGCUAAAGAGGGUGAAAUCAAACUUCAGGCAAUGCUACCAAAACAACUUGAAAGGACAGGGGCAUGUUGAGUGCAAGUUUUACAACGAACUGGGGAGAAUUUUAGUGAAGGACUUUGCUCCAGCGGUGCAGAUGGAUGAAAUCCCAGGAGAGCUCGAAGACAACGACUUCUCGGCCUACUCCCACCAUGAGACCGAGUCUGUUGUGGGGGUUCAAGAAGACAGGAAGAAAGUGGCCUGGUCGGACAAAGAGACAGUCAUCCUUCUGGAGAUAUGGGGGGACCCGGAGGUCCAGCAGUGUCUGGGACGUUACCCACACAACGGCCACAUCUUUACACAAAUAUCAGAGAAACUCUUAGCCAACGGUUACUCCCGCAGCGCAGACCAGUGCCACACCCGCAUCAAACGGCUCAAAUCAAACUAUCGCCAGGCUCAAGAAAACAUGAGCUCAUCUGGGACAGAUCGAGUCGAUUUCAAAUUCUACGACCUGCUGGAACAAAUCCUGGACAAGCAGCCGUCGACAUCUUCCACUGUGAUACCUGACUCCAUCGAAAUAUCAGAGGACUCCAACAGUGAAUCAGUGACGGAAACAGAAGGAGAAAUCAGCUUGUCGACAGAAAAGCCAGCGUCCGGAACGUGGACAGACGAGGAGACGCUGUCGCUCAUCAAUAUCUGGGGCGAGGUGGACGUUCAGAGGACGCUGAGGGGGUUCGUCCACAACGGACACGUGUAUGCCGACAUUUCGGGGAGAAUGCAGGAGCUCGGUUUUUCCAAGACCUCGGAGCAGUGCCGCUGGAAAGUCAAGGCCCUGAGGAACAACUUUCGACAGUGCUACGACAGAAAGAAAUGUGGGAGACGAGUGGAUUACAGAUUCUACAACCAGCUGGAACAAAUACUGGGCCAGGAGGCAGUUUCUAUGGAUGAUUAUGAUGAACGAGAGGAACAAGCCGAUCCGGAGCCAGGGAUAGAUGGUGUGAACACAGUGUGGACGGAGCAGGAGACAGUCGCUCUCGUUGAGGUGUGGGCCGCAGAUGAUGUGCAGCACAGCCUGAAAACCUGCGUACGCAACGGCCACAUAUUCGCUGACAUAUCGGAGAAAAUGACCUCAAUUGGAUUCCCGAGGACGGCGGAUCAGUGCCACUCCCGGAUCAAACGGCUGAAGAAGACUUACAGACGCUACUGCAACAGUCGGAGGAGCGGAGGACGCCCCGCGGCGUUUCGAUACUUCCAUCUUCUGGCUCCGGUGCUUGGUGACAACACUGUUGUGCCAGACAUGGACAGUUCUGCUGCUGACGCCACCUUACAGCCCUUUAUGGACAAGGAUCCUGACUUGUACGAGCAGCCCUCCACCAGCCACCUGCUGGCUGACCUGAGCAGGAAGAUGCCCUGGUCGGACCAGGAGACGCGCACCCUGCUGGAGAUCUGGGGGGAAGACAGCGUCCAGCUCACGCUAAGGGGCUGCCUGAAAAACCGCCACGUGUUUGAGUACGUCUCCGAGAAGAUGGGCAACCGAGGAUUCAUCAGGACCUCGGAGCAGUGCUACACCCGCAUCAAACGCCUCAAGCAUGGCUUCCUGCAUGAGAAGGAGGAUUAUAAGUUCUUCAAUGAGAUGGAGCAAAUCUUCAGGAAGGAGCUGAAAGUCGACGGCUCAGUCGCAGACACGUCGGCCACAGAGGAGGCGGACGACAUUGCACCUGAACCGAGCCAAAACAAAGCCGCCUCCAGUAACCAGUGGGUGGUUGACAGCGCUAAGCUGGCCUGGAGCGACGGGGAGACCGAGGCCCUGCUGGACAUCUGGGGGAGCGAGGAGAUCCAGGAGAACCUGAAGGGCUGCACCAAGAACAAACACAUCUUCAUCCAGAUCGCUCAGGUCAUGGCGGGCCAAGGUUACCUGCGCAGUCCGGAGCAGUGCCAGACCAGGAUCAAGAGGCUGCGCGCCAACUUCCGACACUUCCUAGAAGGCAGAAAAGGGGAGAAGCAGGAGUGCAAGUACUUUGACCAGUUGGUGCAUAUAUUCGGCAGCAAGUACGUAACGACCUCCGACCCCCUGGCUGAAGAAGCCGAUACUGCAGAGUCAUGAGGCUGUCGAACAUCAUGAGGACGACACAGCAGAAGCAAAACAAAGACACAUUCAGAGGAGAAAAACUCACAAGGACAUUAAACCAGAAUCUGUGAUAUGUUCCGCAUGUGUGUGUGUGUGUGUGUGUGUGUGUGUGUGUGUGUGUGUGUGUGUGUGUGUGUGUGUGUGUGUGUGUGUGUGUGUGUGUGUGUGUGUGUGUGUGUGUGUGUGUGUGUGUACAGAUGACAGAGCAGAGUCUGACCAGGCUCACUGGAAUUUACUUUUUGCCUCUGUAUAUAUAUAUACUUAAAAUACUUUUACAUUCUUCAGAUACAAAGACCUACUUUAGGGUGUUGUGUGCGUGUGUGUACGUGUGUAUGUGUGUGUAUAUGCGUUUGUGUGUUUGUGUGUGUGUGUGCGUCCCUUGACUAGAGUGUAAUGUGAUUUUUAACUUGAGAGCCAUGCCACUAAGACCAGGAUGCUCAGGGUUUGAUGGGACAAUAGUAGAAAUAUCUGAUCUUGAUGGUGAAAGUCUGAAACUAAGUUGUCUUUUCUAAUAUUUAAUUCUUUUGUACUUGAAUUUAAAGAGAGUGAAUCAAAGCACAUGCAAAAUGAAAGACACGCAAGGCCUCUAUCACUGUAACCACAGCCUACAUUCGCUUUUUCUUUCCUGCCUCACUUGUUAAAUAUUCUGUCUUUGCACUUAUUUGUAAAUGUUUGAAAUCUGAAAGCUGAAAGUUUAAAUUCUUUAAGUUAAUUUUUUUGUGGGUGAGAAUUUAUUUAUUUAAAGGUACUGUUUACAUGUGUGUUCCAAAGUUUUCUAAUUUACUUUGAAUAUGUUUUUCCUUUAACAUUUUUUUCAUAAAUACGUAGAGUUUGUUGCAUUCAUUAAAAGAAACUUGAAAUGUGA